AUAUGUUACUAUAACAAAAAAUAAAUUCGCAACUAUGUUUAAAUUUGUGCUUUUUUUAUUAUUAGCCAUUCAACAUGUUAUGACAGUGGAGAUAUUUAUUGCGAGAAUGUUAGUAAUUGGUUCUCACAAUCCAACUAUACUCAUGUGUCAAGGAAAGGCGAUUCAAGUAGUGUAAAUGUUACCAAGUUUGGAAAAGAAGAUCCAGCUUGUGUGAAAAAUGCUCUCACACAAAGAUUGGAUAAUGUAAAGGAAGAUAAGUUUUAUUAUGGUGAAACUCUUUCUUUCCGAUGGAGAACAACAAUGAAACUUUUUCAACAAAACAAAAUAAAUGGUCGAAUGAUUAUGAAAUAUGAAGAUGACAAAUUUGAAGCAGUUGACGUAUUGUUUAAUAUUUGUAAACCCGAAGGACGUCAUGAUAAUGUUGAUGCGAAAAAUGCAAAAUCAGCGUUAGCGAGAGAAAUAUUUAAAACUGUUUUUAUUCGCUCGUAUUCAAAAUUUUGGGAGUGCAUUGAGCCAAAGACUGUUGAUGUAGGCGAUAAAUAUUAUUGGGACCGUGGUAUGGAGGAUUUUAUUCAUUGCAAUGCAAAUGCAACAAUACGUUUUGAAUUAUUUGCAACGGUUGACGCCGACUGUGGAGUUGGCGGUAGUGGCGAGUCCUUCACUACUAAUGUACUUCGUGUUAUAUUUAAUGUAUUUUUCGACAAUUGUGAUGGUAAAAAAUACGACAUAUUUAAAGGUUUUCCUAAGGCAGUAAUUAAUCAAGCAAAAUUAGAAUCGGCUAAAGAAAUUAUUGACGAAGUUGCUAAUAAUCCAGUUAUUCUAGUUGCUGCAUUUUCGAUGCUGCUGUUGUUUGCACCUAGUGGGGGUUCGAUAACAACGGAUCAGAGCAGUAUUGUCUUGGAUAUGCUGCUGUAG